AUGCGGCUGUUUUCCCGUCCACUAGUGCUGUGCGGGUUCGGCCUGGUACUGGGCUUCCUGGGUACGGUGCUUUUGUUCAGCUUCAAGGAUGUGUCCAAGUUAGUGAUCCAACACUCGGCUCGUCUCUCGCCACGACCUCGAACCUCGCUGCCUCAGGGUCGGAACACGAUUUUGGUGGGAAUCAUGACAGCGGCCAAGUACGUCGACACCAGAGCUUAUAAUGUGUGGAGGACGUGGGCCAAGUACAUUCCUGGUAAAGUACUGUUCUUUGUGGCAGAGGAUACUGUAAGUGCGUAUCCGGAGAUGCCAUUGGUCAGGUUGAAGGGGGUGGAUGACACUUAUCCGCCUCAGAAGAAGAGCUUCGCCAUGUUGAGGUGGAUGUACGAUAAUCAUGUAGGUUUUUGAAUUUUGUUUGAUUGGUGUUUAGGGAAAAUCAUAUAGUUAUUGGCAUUAAACUAAUAUGUUGUCUUUGACGUAUUCAAGACGAUUUUUUAAAUGUUAGACGGCUUGUAAAGGCUAUGGUAAUGUUAAUAUUAAAUGGUAGAAUGCUUUUCUUUUUCAAAAAGCAUUAUUACGACCUAAAAAGGAUAAUAUUUUAGCUUUAAAAUGAUGUUAACAUAGGCAAUACCUCCGUCUAAUGCCUUUCUACAGUCAGAACUUCAUUUUAAUGCCAUUUGAAAUACCACCCUUUCCAGAUAGACAACUUUGAUUGGUUUCUACGAGCCGAUGAUGAUCUGUAUGUUCGUGGUGACCUACUAGAAGACUUCCUCGGAUCCCUCGACCCAUCCAAAACCCACUUCAUUGGCCAAGCUGGACUUGGCAACAGUGCUGAAUAUGGCCAACUCUCUCUAGGGCCUAGCGAAAACUACUGUAUGGGAGGGCCUGGUGUUAUAUUGUCUAAAGAAACCUUGAGAACAGUAGCUCCAUACCUCGAAUCUUGUCUGUCCGAGCUUCUGACCACUCACGAGGAUGUUGAAGUAGGUAGAUGUAUAAGGAAACAUGCUGGAGUUGCUUGUACAUGGAACUAUGAGAUGCAAACUCUCUUUCACAACAAUCAGACGAUACCAAACGCUUAUAGUAGUGGGGUUUCGGAUGAGGUUAGUCGAGCAAUCACAUUACAUCCAGUAAAAGACCCUCAGGUCAUGAAGAAGCUUCACGUCGCUGUGAAUACGAUGAAGUUGAAGCAGUUGAGAGCACAGAGGAUCGAGUUGUUGAGGUUGAUCAAGAAGAUCGCUCCGGCUUCGCUGAAUCGACGAGUUUCGAACAAAACCAAUGAUCUUCAGGUGUGGGACUUUUUACACUUUAACAAGCUCACGUUCUGCGCAAACCAAGUCAAUUGCCCCAGGCAUACGAUCGAUAUGAAUGUGCAUUCGGCUACUCAGGACAUUGUUACUCAGGUAGGGGUGGGGAAUUUUGAAAAAAUGUGAUAAAUUGUUAUAAAAUUGAAAAUGACGUCUACUACAAUAUAAAUUUUGAAUCAUUUUAUGAUUUGACUCUAACAAUGAUAAUUUUUACAGCUCUUCGACGAAUUCAACGUGAACGCCCGCCAACGUGGCCGUCUCCUCCAAUUCCAGAACAUUCAGUACGGCUACACGCGUGUCGAACCUCGGCACGGUGUCGACUACGUACUGGACAUGAUUCUAUGGUUCAAGAAGUUCCGCCCACCACAUCGAGCCACACUCUCGGUCCGACGACAUGCCUACAUUCAACAGGUCUUCGGCGAACCCGAAGCCAUCAGUGAAGCCGGCAAAAGGGCAUUGUUAAGGUCGGGAGAGAAGAAUAACACGGAUUCUGCUGGAAAGAACGGCAUAUUCAAUCAGGUACUGUACUUUAUAAUACCAUUGAAGGGAAGAGCUGCGACAUUCUUAAGGUUUAUUGAGAAUCUGAAGCAAAUCAUCGAGUUGAACGAUCAUCGACAUCAGCUGGUCAUCAUAUUGUACAAGUAAGCUUUUUUAGUUUUGAAUUUGGUUUUUAGGUAUUAAAUGAGCAUUACGUUCAACAUCUUUACCUGUGAUUAAAUUUUUAUAGCAAGAAAGUACUAGUUGUUACCUAAACUAUUCGUUUUUAUUAUGAAAAUUCUAUUUAUUACUUAAAAUAAUUGCUGGAUCAAAAAAUCGUAAUUGUUACCCGAAUGUACCAUUUUAUUACCUAAACUAUCAUUUUUAUUAAGAAAAUGCUAUUUAUUACCUAAAUUCCUGAUUUUAUUACCUAAAAAUCAAACUUUCGAUCAAAAAUUCUUGAUAUGGCCAUACCUACAUCCAUAUAUAUAUAUUCAUUUUCAGUUCUGGAGACCAGAACGAAGAUGCAAUGAUCAGAUCGAUCUUAACCGAGAUCACCUCCAAAAUGAUGAUCAAAAUCAUCGAUAUGGGUGAUAAGGAGUUCAGUCGAGGCCAAGCCUUGACAGCCGGCUCAGCCAUCCUCCCAGACGACGCUUUGAUGUUCUUCACCGAUGUGGAUAUGAUCUUGAGUUACGAUACCAUCCAAAGGAUACGACUGAACACUAUUCAGAACUAUCAGGUAUUUAUGAGCUAUUCAUUUAUAUUAGUACAGUAAUAUAGCUAUAUUAAUAUAGUAAUUAAUGGUUUUAAAACUUUAAAUCAAAAAAUAUUGUUUUAGGUCUACUUCCCGAUAGUCUUCUCCGAGUUCUCGCCCAAAUUCUGGAACCCAACCGAACGAAACGACCAUCACCAGAUCUCGUACGCCCGACAGCGCGGCUACUUCCGCCAUUUCGGCUACGGACUGGUCUCAAUAUACCGCAGCGACUUUGUUCGAGUCGGCGGAUUCAACUUGACCAUCCGAGGCUGGGGCAUGGAAGAUGUGGACCUGUUCGAGAAGGUAAUAGCCUCUCCAACGUUGAGAGUAUUCCGAGCACCAGAUCCUGGACUGGUGCACGUCUUUCAUGACAUUCAUUGUCCCCCGGACAUCCCGGCCGCCCAACAUCACAUGUGCUUAGGGUCACAGGCCGCUAGUAUGGCUAGCUUGGAUUCAUUGGCCGAACAUUUCGCUAAUUAUGCUUGA